AUGGCGGCAAACGACAAGAUUGCCGCGGAGACGGAGGUGCCUUAUCCGGAGCACAAUGAGAAGAUGGGCCGCGACUACUCUCCUGGAGAGACAGGCAAGCGACUAGCCGCUCUGACCGACAACCUCGAGGGUGAAAUCCGUAAUCCCCUCAAGGGAAUUGCUCGAGACACUCUUUUCGCCAAUGUAAGAGAGUUUCAGAGGACCAAAAGCCUGCCUGACGACAUCCUCCCUCUUCUUGAGAAGGGUGCCCUCGUGGCACAGAACCCUGCUGGGUUUGAGAGCCUAGACCUCGAAGAGGAUGAGAAGCAAGCUUUGAGAGAGGAGGUAACACAUCGAUGGAAGCACCCUUGGGCUCUCUAUUAUACCAUUGGUCUCAGCUCCAUUGCUGCUGCCAUCCAAGGUUGGGAUCAGACUGGCUCAAACGGUGCCAACUUGUCUUUUCCCACUGCUCUCGGCAUUCCCGACAAUGCUGGCUCAUCUUGUGGCCCGGAUGCCAACGCUGGCGAUUGCGCAAAGAACAGCUGGAUCAUCGGCUUCGUCAACUCAUUGCCUUAUAUCACAAUUUGCUUAUUCGCUGGAUGGAUUUCCGACCCCCUAAACGAUUGGAUCGGCCGUCGAGGUACCAUUUUCCUUGGCGCCAUCUUCUCUCUCCUCGCUCCCUUUGGUAUGGCCGUCUCCCAGACUUGGGGACAGCUUGCGGCUUGUCGUAUGCUCCUCGGUAUUGGUAUGGGUUUGAAAGAAGUCACAGUCCCCGUCUUCUCAGCUGAGAAUGCACCCCCUGCUAUUCGAGGUGGUCUUGUCAUGUCUUGGCAAGUGUGGACGGCAUUUGGUAUCUUCUUGGGAACAUGUGCCAACCUGGCUGUUGGUAAAGUCGGCGAUAUUGCCUGGCGCCUUCAGCUUGGCUCUGCAUUCAUUCCCGCUGUCCCCCUGGUCAUUGGUACAUAUUUUUGCCCCGAAAGUCCUCGAUGGUAUAUGAAGAAGGGAAAGCACGAGAAGGCCUGGAAAUCGCUCCUGAGACUUCGAAACACCCCCAUCCAGGCCGCCAGAGAUCUCUAUUACAUCCAGUGCCUUUUGGAUCAAGAGGUGCUUCUCGUUGAACAGGCCGGUCUCAAGGUCACCAACAACAUGUUCACCCGCUUUAUCGAGCUCUUCACCAUUCCUCGCAUCAGGCGCGCAACCUGGGCCUCUGGUAUUGUCAUGAUUGCCCAGCAAAUGUGCGGCAUCAACAUCAUCUCUUUCUACUCGAGCACAAUCUUCAAGCAGAGCGGUAUUUCCGACUACACUGCAUUGUGGGCAAGUUUCGGCUUUGGCUUGAUCAACUUUCUGUUUGCUUGGCCUGCCGUAUGGACCAUUGACACCUUUGGUCGACGAGCCCUUUUGCUCUUUACCUUUCCCAACAUGUUCUGGACUCUUCUUACUGCCGGUCUCUGCUACCUCAUCCAGCCUGACAUUGUCAACAGCACUCCCAGAAUUGCGAGUGUCGCCACCUUUGUCUACCUCUUUGCCGCUUUCUACUCACCGGGAGAGGGUCCCGUUCCAUUCAUGUACUCUGCAGAAGUUUUCCCUCUGUCCCAUCGUGAGAUUGGCAUGUCAUGGGCCGUCGCCACCAACAACUUCUGGGCCUCUGUCCUUUCUCUUACAUUCCCGCGAAUGUUGACCGCCAUGACCGCCACCGGAGCCUUUAGCUUCUACGCCGGCCUCAACCUGGUUGCUCUGGCGCUCAUCUUCCUCUUUGUCCCCGAGACGAAGCAGAAGACGCUCGAGGAGCUCGACUACGUAUUCAGUGUUUCGGAUCGCCGCCACGCACAGUACCAGCUCACCGAGGUGCUGCCAUGGUGGAUCAAGAGAUAUGUGCUUUUCCAGAAGAAUGGCCCUUGCCCUGAACUUUACCACUAUGAGAAUGCGGAGCUGGCGGAUAGCGGAAGUGUCUAA